AGGCCCGGAGUGAGUCAGCCCGACGGUAUAUAGCGCAGGGCGGGCGGCUCCUGUUUGCAGAGCAGUCGGUCUCAGCGCGUUCUUCUGUUUUUGGCGUUUGCUUUGCCGCCACCGUCCCCGAGCACCAUGCAGUGGCAGCCCAUGGAGAUUAACCCCGAGAUGCUGAACAAAGUGUUGUCCCGGCUGGGUGUUGCCCCUGGCUGGCACUUUGUGGAUGUGCUGGGGUUUGAGGAAGAUGUGUUGAGCUCUGUGCCCACCCCAUCUUGUGCUCUACUCCUGCUCUUUCCCCUCACUGCCCAGCAUGAAAACUUCAGAAAAAAACAGAUUGAAGAACUGAAGGGACAAGAAGUUAGUUCCAAGGUGUAUUUUUUGAAACAGACGGUUGGCAAUUCCUGUGGUACAAUUGGUCUGAUACAUGCAGUUGCUAAUAACCAAGAUAAACUUGUAUUUGAUGAAGGCUCAGCCCUGAAGAAGUUUCUCAAGGAAACAGCUGACCUCUCUCCUGAAGAGAGAGCAAAACGCCUUGAAAAUAACAAGGCUAUUCAGGAAGUUCAUAAUGCUGUUGCACAAGAAGGCCAAUGUCAAGUAGAAGAGGAUAAAGUGAACUUCCAUUUUAUUCUGUUUGCCAAUGUGGAUGGACAUCUGUAUGAAUUAGAUGGACGCAUGCCAUUUCCUGUAAAUCAUGGAGAAAGUUCAGAUGACUUGCUGUUGAAGGCUUCUGCUAAGAUCUGCAGACAGUUCACAGAACGUGAGAGGGGAGAAGUUCGCUUUUCUGCUGUGGCUCUCUCCAAGUCUGCCUGAGAUGCUGAAGAGGGAGUUGAAGGAAGGCAUUCUUAAUAUCAUAUCAACAAAUGCAUUCUCUAAAUCUUAUAUUGCUUCAGUGCUUGUUAAACACAGCUGGCUUGACCAAUUAAACAGUUCUGCAGAACUGUUCACCUCCAAAGUAUACAAGUGACAUCAGAGGAGUUACGAUAAAUAACCUGAGAUUCUAAUGAACUGUUCUGACAGAUCUGUCUCUGGACUCUUAGGCCCUGAUUUUUUUCACAUGUUGAGUAAAAAAGCUUUACAUGGCUUGUUUAACCUGUGCUUGUAAGUUAAACUGUUGGUUGUGAUUUUUUGUCUUAAUAGGACAAAUAAAACUCUUCUGCUGUUAAAAGUGAA